UCUCUCUCUCUUGGCCUGCGUCACCUCACAGAUUUCCCUCCGAUCCACCUCGUCCUCUCCUUUCUCCCUCUCCAACAUCCACUCGUGUGGCGGGACGCAGAGAGGGAGUCCGCGGCGUCUCCUUCUUGGCUGGAGGGUGGGAGCUAGGCGAGCCUUUUAAGAGCCCUCAUAGCAUGCUGUAAACAAGGUGGGCUGGGAUUUGGUGGGUCCUGGGUUGGGUCUGAUGGUCCUCGCUGGAGACCACCGAGAGGAGGAGGAGGGUGCGUCUCCUUGGAGAGGAGGAGGAGGAGGAGGCUGUGCUGCUUUUGGGCGCCCCUCUCCCUUCUUAGGGUGACAGUAGGAGGCAGAGGAGGGGGCUGUACCGCCUUUGGAUCUCUCUCCUUCGCAGGGCAGGAGCAGGAGGAGGAGGAGGAGGAGGAGGAGGAGAAGCCUGUUCCGCCUUUGGAUCUCUCUCGCUGCCCCUUCGCAGGGCAGGAGGAGGAGGAGGAGAAGCCUGUGCCGCCUUUGAGUCCUCCUUCCUUGUCUCUGUGUCCCUUCUGAGGGUGACAGGAGGAGGAUCCCCUUCUCUGUCUCUCCCUCCCUUAGCAGGGCGGGAGGAGAAGGAGGCGGAGGAGGCGGCGGCUUCUCUUCCUCCUCCUCCUCUUCUUCUCUGUCUCCCAGUGGCUCCCAGCCUCCUCCUCCUCCUCCGCCGCACUGUCAGCCGAGGCGGGCAUGGAGCGGAGGAGCCCAUCGGGGAGGCUGAAGCCCGGCAGCGGGAGCUUGGGGAGCCGGGCGGCGCCGGAGGGGCGCAGUAGCAGCAGCAGCACUAGCGGGGUCCCUGUGGUGCCUGCUUCGGGCGCGCUGCUCCAGCGGGUGGGCAGCUGCCCGCCUCCCUCGCCCUCGCCGUCCCCCGCGGAGCCCUCGGAGCUGAUCCGCCGCGCGGUGGACUUCAAGAGUCAGGGCGCGCAGUGCUACAAGGAGAAGAAAUUCCGCGAAGCCAUCGGCAAGUACCACCGGGCGCUGCUGGAGCUGAAGGGGCUCCCGCUCUCGGCCCGGGAGGAAGAGGAAGAGGAGCGGGGAGGAGGAGGAGGAGGAGGGAAGGAGGUCCCCCCGCACCCCCGAGAUGCUCACCCUGCCUCCACCGCCGCCGCCUCCGCCGCCGCCGCCGCCGCCGCCUGCAAGCUCACGGAGGAGCAGCGGCAGCUCCUGGAGAGCAUCGAAAUUGACUGUUACAACAGCCUGGCAGCUUGCCUCCUUCAAGCUGAGCUGGUGAAUUAUGAGCGAGUCAAAGAAUACUGCCUGAAAGUAUUGAAGAAGGAAGGAGAAAACUUCAAGGCACUCUAUCGGUCAGGUGUGGCCUUCUACCACCUGGGAGAUUACAACAAGGCACUUUACUACUUGAAUGAAGCACGGUCUCGACAACCAACAGAUACCAACGUUGUCAGAUACAUCCAGCUGACAGAAAUGAAGCUUAGCAGGUGUUCCCAGAGAGAAAAGGAAGCUUUGUGAGAAGAAACCCAGUUCUGAAUGGACACUUCCUGCCCAAUAAUACCCAUGUGAUGGUUCUUCCACCCAUAUGGCUCUACCUUCAUUGACAGUUUUUCUUGCCCGCUCCCCUCUUUACUUUUAAAUUGAGCUCAGAUGGGGUUUUUUGAACGAGAGAGUUAAACUUUGGGUCUGGCUUUGGCUAUCUGAUGAUAGAACAACAUUCCAGUCCUCCUAGCACAAUUGCUACUGUCAACCAAGUUUUGGAAGUUUGACUGAAGGGUACAAGGGAGGGAGAUCUACUUUGCCUUGCCUUGCUUAUUGCUUGCUGUUGCUGCAACCAACCAAGCAAUUGCGCGCCCUUUUUUUUUUCAAAUGAUGAAGUGACAGCAAAUAGAGAAAACUCUUCAGCCAUCUAGAGGGACAUGUAUACUUUGGCGGCUUCCUUGCACUUGUAGAUUUUCAUGAUCCAGAGAGAAGCCAUCUGCUCAAGAUCCCAUGCCAAUGAGGCCCAUUUGCAAUAUGCUGUUUUUAAAACAUGGGUGAGGGGAUGAAUUGUAGCUUAAGCAAUGAGCCUUAAAGACUGGGAAGGCUUUGGAGACAUGUGCAAAACUGAAGGAGAAUGUGAAAGGACACCGUGUUGUUUGGGGAAUAAAACUGGAAUUAUUAAUAUUGAAUAUACAUUGUUUAACAGGCAGAAAUCCUAUAUACAUACACACAUAUAUAUAUUUUUAGAAGGCACGCCUGGGCCUAAAGGAGUACAUAAAGAAACAGCAUGACUUUGUAACUAGUUUCAGCUCAGACUAUGGAAACUGGAGCACUGAAUUAUGGUUGUAUCACCAUCUUGAUAUGCACCUGUGGGCAAGUCACUUAAUUUUUCUGUGCCUCAGUUUCUCCAUCUGUAUAGUGGGGAUACUAAUGCCUCCCUACCUCACAGGGGGUGUUGUGAGGGUUUGUUAGUUAAUGUUUGUACAGUGCUAAAUAUUAUUAUUGGUACACUGGA